AGGUAAUUUGUCCAUGCAUUCAGAAACACCAUCCCAAAGAAUUGAUCAAAUAGUUUAUCUCCAAGCAAAAGGGUUUGGAAAACUAAAGAACAAUUAUAAUAAGACAAAACUUACUGAAUGUCAAAUACACCUUGCGAGCAAUGGGGCCGAGAGUUUCUUGACAUAAGUCAAGAAUUUUCAUUUGGAACUGGUAUUUUCGAAACAACUGGUCAUUUUGAUGCUACUGAUGGUUAUUUUAGUGAUCUCACCACUCUGAAAAGAUCAACCGACGCUGCACUUGAACGAGAGGGAUUGAAAUUCUCAAUCGCUUGUGGUUUUGGUCUUUCAAAAGCUCGUAUUGAAUACAACGAUUAUAAGCUGAAAUUCGGUAUCAUAAAAGUUGAUGGGACUGUAUCCGGCAAUAUUGACGGAAUAUUCAUCGACAUGAAAUUUUCAGUAGACUAUAAUCAACAACCUUGCAAAGCGAAACUUGAAUAUUUAAAAAAUACGCAACUUGGACGCCUCGAUGUUCAGGUUACUGGGCUGUCGCCGCUCAAUUUUUUAGCUUCCUAUUUAGCAACUUUGAUAGCGACCCAGUGGGAAGGAGAUAUUACUACAUUAAUUGAAACCAAGGUUUCAGAAGUCAUCAAUUAUCAGAUGAAUCAUUUUGAUUGUGAAAAAUAUAGACCAUUCACUUAUUGAAAAAAUGUAAAUUUGAUAUUUAUGAAGAGCACCACUGGAAACUAAUCUUUAAAUAAAUCUUUUUGUAAUUAAUCAAAAGAGUUGAAAUAAAUUUUAAUACAUCCAGA